AUGGCUCGCCGUCCCUCGCGUUGCUACCGCUUCUGUAAGAACAAGCCGUACCCAAAGUCGCGUUUCUGCCGAGGUGUACCUGACCCAAAGAUCCGUAACUUCGACAUUGGUAAGCGCCGUGCCCCAGUGGACGAGUUCCCUGUAUGCAUCCACGUUGUUUCCCGCGAACUUGAGCAGAUCUCGUCAGAGGCUCUUGAGGCCGCCCGUAUUCAGGCCAACAAGUACAUGGUGAAGCGUGCCAACAAGGAGGCCUUCCACAUGCGUAUCCGUGCUCACCCGUUCCACGUUGUUCGUAUUAACAAGAUGCUUUCCUGCGCUGGUGCGGAUCGUCUGCAGACGGGUAUGCGCCAGUCUUAUGGUAAGCCCAACGGCACCUGCGCUCGUGUCCGCAUUGGUCAGAUUCUGCUCUCCAUGCGCACGAAGGAGACCUUCAUCCCACAGGCUCUGGAGUCCCUCCGCCGCGCCAAGAUGAAGUUCCCUGGUCGCCAGAUUAUUGUGACAUCAAAGUACUGGGGCUUCACAGACAUCCUCCGCUCCGAGUAUGAGGCACUGCGCGAUGCUGGCAAGCUCGAGCAACGCGGUAUCCACGUCAAGCUGAUCACACCAAAGGGUAAGAUCACUCAGCAGAACCUGAUGGCUUGA